AUGAAAUCAAACAGGUUUAUAAUUUCAAUUUUCUUUUUGUUUGGAUUUUGUUUACUUCUUAUCUUUUCAUUUUUGUCAAUUUUUACUGAAGCUUCAACAUAUUCAUGCAAAUCGCCUACUGGAGCUGAUGUUGAUUGGUUCGUAGCUUACAAAUUACCCAAUUCAAUUUCUAAUGGAACAUCCUUUCUUUAUGCCGAUUCUAAAAAUGGACAAGAUUGGACUUUAUCUAAAGCUAAUAUUGAAGAUGAAACUUCAGCUAUUGGUAGAACAAUACUUCAAAUAUUUGAAGCUAAAAAGGCAAAGACUGAUUUGAUUGCUUUGUAUAAUGAUGAAAAUCCAAAUGAUGGAAAAACUGAUUCUGGACGAGCACAUAUGAAGGUUUAUAUAAAUUAAUUAAAAGGAAAUGUGAAGUUUAUGUAGAAUCUGAGGAUGAGGAUCGUCCUGAAGUGUUCAUUUUAAGGGACCAUCAAGCAAAGAUAUGUUUAGAGGUAGAAUGUUAAAUAAGAUUAAAAAAUAUUCCGAUAAAAUAUUUUUUGAUUAAAAUAAAUUCUGAUUUAAAUUUCCCCUUUUAAAUGUUUCAUUACUUCAGAAAAAACGCCAGGUGUACCUCCUCCCCCUUUAGAACAACCUCCUCUACCUCAUGUAGAUAAUAAUCCUUUAAAUAUACCAGCAAUAUAUGAACUUUCACUAGAAA